AUGAACGGCCACGCAAACGGCCAUAUCAAUGGCUUCGCAAAUGGCACCUCUGAAAUAAUCGAUGUUGCCAUCAUCGGCGCAGGCAUCUCCGGCCUCAACGCCGGAUACCGCGUCCAAACAAAACUCCCCAAUGCCACAUACCAAAUAUUCGAAGGUCGCGGCGACAUUGGAGGUACAUGGGAUCUUUUCAAAUAUCCCGGCAUUCGUUCCGAUUCAGAUUUCUACACUUUUGGGUUUGAGUGGAAUACAUGGGCCAAAGAUAACCCGAUCGUACCGGGCAGUGAUAUAAAACAGUAUUUGCAGGAAUCGAUUAAGAAGACCGGGAUCGAUAAGCAUAUUCGCUUUCAUCAUCGGUUGGAGGCGAUGGAAUGGUCGUCUGAGGAUCAAUAUUGGACUCUGACUAUCGAUGUUCAGGGACAGACCAAACAUGUGCGGGCGCGAAAUAUCAUCGUUGGAACUGGGUACUACGAUUACAAUCAGCCUCUGAGCGCUGAAAUACCUGGUCUACAAAACUUCAAGGGACAAGUGAUCCAUCCACAAUUCUGGCCCGAGAAUCUCGACUAUGCCAAUAAGAAGGUGGCUAUCAUCGGCAGCGGUGCAACGGCAGUCACGCUUGUACCUAAUCUAUCACCGACAGCAGCACAUGUUACCAUGAUUCAGCGCAGCCCGACAUAUGUAUACCCACUUCCGAAUAACACGCGCAGCUGGUUCAGUUUCUUACUUCCUAGUUUCAUUCGUCAUAAGCUUAGUCGAAUGUUUUUCAUCUUCUUGCAGCGGUACAGUUAUGAGCUAUGUCGCGCAUACCCACGACAGGCCCGAUAUUUCCUGUUACGACGCAUGCAAUCCCUUCUUCGCGGAGCGUUGCCUAUCGACCCUCAUUUUACACCGCGAUAUAACCCCUGGGAUCAACGACUUUGUCUUGCACCGGAUGGCGAUUUCUUUACAGCCCUGCGCUCCGGUAAGGCAGACGUCAAAACGGGCACGGUCAAGUCUAUGACGGAAAACACCAUCAUUCUCAACAAUGGCGAAGUGAUAGAAGCAGACAUCCUCAUCACCGCGACAGGGUUACGAAUCUCCGUCGCAGCCGGAGUACCCAUCAAAGUCGAUGGCGAGAAGAUCGAUCUCUCCCAGAAAUACCUCUGGAAUGGGUGCAUGCUGCAAGACGUUCCAAAUCUGUGCUAUGUCAUCGGAUACAUCAAUGCCUCCUGGACACUGGGUGCCGAUGCCACUGCACUGCUUUUUGUUCGUAUAUUGCAAUACAUGAAACGUCGUAACGCGAUUGUUGCUGUUCCUCGAGUCGAGGAUCCAUCCGCCUUGACUCCAAAACAACUCAUCAAUAUGAGCUCGACGUACUUUGAGAGAGCGCAAAAGGUUAUGCCCAAGACAGCGGAGGAGUAUCCGUGGCGACCAAAGGGGAGCUAUUAUGUGGAUAUUUGGCAGGCGAUGUUUGGGCGGGUUGAUAAGGGGAUUGAGUAUAUUUCUGCUAAGUGA